AUGAGACAGCAAGCGUCCCUUUUUAAAAUUGAUCAGGCGCGAGUGAGAAAGCAAGUGACCGGUAUUAAUUCGAACGGUGGGAGACUAGUAUUUCGGCAUUUUAAUAUCGGAAAACUCGUGGUAAUUUCAAGUUCCUGGACGAUUUCUUUGGAUACCUUUGAAAGAAUUGAGGUUAGGAUUGAUAACUUUCGCCUAUAUCAUACAGAGGUACCCUGUAUGCAGCUGUCGGUGAGUCUUUUUGACACAUAUAUGUAUUAUAACGUACAAAUUAAAUACGUGUGGAUCGUGGGUGAUUGAUUGCACUGAGGAAUUAUCACUCGCGUCCCUAUUUCUCUUAUAAUCGCCAAAUGAUGUUAGAGAAAUACUUCAGUAACUUUUGUAGACUAACUUUUAUUGAGACAUCAGCAACAGUUGAGAACAGAAGAACAAGUAACGAAAUGAGUACAGAGAAUAGUCAAAGACCCUUUUUAUAUUAUAAGAUUACACUUACGAAUUUUCCAGAAAUCAGUAGUCUCCCGUAAAAAUGCAAACAUCACAUCCUGU